CAUGUGUACGGUGAAAGAUUCGUUAACAAAAACCGGUAGUUUGUCCUUUAAGUUUGUUGCUUGGAUACUAGUUGAUACAACAAUGGCGGAUAACGUUAAUGAACGAAGGGAUUCCAAAAGGGUUUUCAUUAACUAUUGCGAUACUUUCCAGGGACGGAAUGUGUCCAAGUAUUUAUCCCAAUGUCUAGUCGGAGCAACUGUUGAUGAAAAUGAAGAAGAAGACGAAGAAGCUUCUGUUGCCAGUGGAGAUUUCAGCAGAAGGCAUCGAGAAGGCUGUUAUCAAAUAAUUAGUACCUUUAAAGACAGAGAAAAGGAUAGAAUUAGAGAUAAGCCAGCAUUUAUUAAAGAUAUUCUCGAUUAUAAAACAAAAGAAGACCUGUUAGAACAUUUAAUUGAGUGCGAUAUGAUUGUCUACGAUAUUACCGAAGAGCCUAGUGCCAUUGAUGAAGCUGUCUGGGUAGUUUCCGAACUACACGCAGACUUAGAAAGAAUUGAAAAGCCGAAAAUGUUUAUACUUAUAUCAUCCGUUAUGACUUGGGCAAAUAGUAAACCUUUAGAUCCCGAGGAUACGGAAAUUCCAUUUACCGAAGACGAUUACAGACGUAGAAGAGCGCAUCCCAAUUGGAAGGAUCAUAUGAAUGCGGAGAAAACAGUUAUUAAAAUGGGUAAAACAAAUAAAACGAAAUUGGUUACGUAUGUCAUAGCCUCUGGCCUAACCUACGGAGCUGAAGAAUGCAUAUUCCAUUAUUUAUUUAAGUCGGCUUGGCAUAAUACUGAAAGUUUACAAAUUUUUGGAACUGGUCAAAAUUGCAUACCGACUAUACAUAUUAAAGAUUUAGCGGCUGUGGUUCAGAAUAUUUUAGACGCUAAGCCUAAAGUUCGGUACCUGGUUGCGGUUGAUGAUUCGAAAAAUCUAUUAGAGGAGAUUGUUAAGGCAAUAUCGAAGGGCCUUUGUAAUGGAAAAGUAAAAUAUAUAGUUAAAGAGGAUGCUCUUCUUAUGAAAGAAGUUUGCCAAGCUGAUUUUGAUCAGCUGUUGGUAAAUCUUCGCAUGGACGGGGGUUUUAUUAGAGAGAAUAUGCAAAUACGUUGGACAAGUGAGCAUGGUCUAGUCGAAAAUAUUGAAGCAGUUGUUAAAGAGUAUAGGGAAUCUAGAAAGCUACAACCUAUAAGAAUCCUUCUACAUGGACCACCCUGUGCAGGCAAGUCGACAAUUGCUAAGGAAUUGGCUAGCAGUUAUAAACUUCAUCAUUUAAGAGUGUCCGAGAUAAUCAGAGAGUCUAAAGAGAGAUUGCGGAAAUCUAUAUCUAGAGCUCAGCAAGAAUCUGAGGAAGAUGAUGAUGAUGACGGAAAAGCGGCUGAAGACGAGCAGUUGUUGGUCGCUAUUGAAGAGGAUGAAAAGAGUAAUGAUGGCCGUAUCAGCGAUGAAAACUUAAUUAGGCUCGUUAGAGAUACGUUAAAAUCAAUGAAAUGUCAGAAUCAAGGUUUUGUUUUGGAUGGUUUUCCUAAAAACCUUGACCAGGCAAAGGAAUUAUUUUCAAAUGAGGAUAAUGACGGAGAAGAAGAAACCAGUAAUCUGCAUUAUGAUAAAACAAUCACUCCUGAGUUUGUAAUUUCUUUACAAGCCGAUGACGACUACUUAAGAAGUCGUGUGAUGAAUCUACCUGAAAGUGUUGUUACCCCUGGACAUACAGACGAGAAAGGUCUUUUGAGACGUCUGAAAGCUUUCCACGACCUAAAUAACGACGACAACACUCUUCUAAAUUUCUUCGAGGAAAAUGAAAUUCAUGCAGAGACUAUUGAUAUAUCUUUGGACAAGACAAUCGAUAAUCGGCUCAUAAUGGGUAGGAUUACAAGAAAGGUUGGAGAACCUAGAAAUUACGGGCCCACAGAGGAAGAACAAGAGGAAACAAGACGAAAACAAGAGGAAAGCCGUUUAAGGCGAGAGGAAGAGGAGAGGCUGGAAAAGGAAAGGCAGGAUAAAGAAGAAGCGGCAGAAAGGAAACGCAGGCAGGAUGAAUGGACCGAACGUCUUAAUGAGGUUAAAAGGCAAGAACACGAUAUGCUUGAAAGUCAAUCGAUACCCUUACGAAACUAUUUAAUGAAACACGUCAUGCCAACUUUAACGCAGGGGCUAAUUGACGCUUGUAAAGUUAGGCCUGACGAUCCAAUUGAUUUCCUGGCCGAAUACUUAUUUCAUAAUAACCCUCAAGUCGAUUAA